AUGGGAAGCAAAAGAGAAAUCCAAAGUAUAAUUGUUUAUGAUUAUUCAGUGUAUACAGAAGCACUCAUCUGUCUUUAUUUUUAUUCUCAAGGUGAUUUUACAAUGGAUGGAAGAGCAGACUCGUUGGUGAUGACUGUGCAUCUUCUUGCCACCUCUGGACAUUCAUUACUCUUGCAGCAAACUCUUGAUCGGCUUCUGGGGUGGAUCUGUCUGGAUGUUCGCCUCUUCCUUGUAUCCGAACGUGUUACUCCAGUGAAGUAUUAUGAGAAAUAUCACCGGAAAAGCUCUGGAUUUCCUGGGAUGUCCAUUCUCCUUUUCCUGCAUGAGGACUUUGGGGAAGAACGGAUUUUUCGGGUCCAUGAUAUUUUCCAGCACCCUCCAUGGCAGGAUCACCACAUGCAACAUGCUAAUGGGAAACAGUACCCUUAUGCACCUGCUGGCCAGGAAUUUUAUGAUCUGGAUGAGCAUAUGCCUGUAUGGGGUGUACGGCAAGUUCAUUAUGGCACUGAAAUUCUGCGCGUGACUCUCUACUGUAGCUUUGAUAACUAUGAUGAUGCAGUCAGACUUUACGAGAUGAUCCUACAGAAAGAAGCAACUAUGCAGAAGAGUAACUUCUGUGUCUUUGUGCUGUAUGCAACACAAACCGUUGCUGUUCAGCUCUGCUUGAAGCAGCUGCCCCCUGGGGUCUCUGUUGAACUGAAAGAAUCUUCCGUGUUGCAAUUCAAGGUCCACGAAAUUGGGCAGCUGGUACCUCUUCUGCCUAAUCCAUGUAUUCCUAUCAGUAGCACCCGAUGGCAAACUCAGGACUACGAAGGAAACAAAAUCUUGCUUCAGGUUCAAGGCAACUCAAAACACAAUGAAAAAAAUGACGGACUUUCUAAUCAGCACAAUAAUGCAGGUGAAGAAAAGAUCCUACAGAAUUCCACGCUAGCCCCCUUUCCCACAAAGUGGGUUAAUCCAGAACAGAAAAGCCGGAAGAUCAGAAUGAUGAAGUGUAAAAUCAAAUCAGAACACAGAAUUAUUUCUGGGAGCGUUAGCAGCACCCCACAGAGUAACUCCUGCUCUUCAUCCCAGGCCAGCAGUCCAGCAGCUACUUCACGGUCUGAUACCACCUCUUUCAAUGUAAGUGCAGGAACUAAACUGAACAUCUCCAGCCAAGAAAUCCAUUUUCAAAGGCAAGAAGCAGAGACCAAUGUUGACACAGGAUUCACGGUAGUAAAUUCUGAAUGCAAUCCAUCUCCACUUAGCAGGUUUUCAAGGGACUUGCAGGACAGUCUUCCUCAACCACAAGCACCAAACUAUUCAUUAGCUGCUGCUGGCUCCAGAAUCAACUUGCCUUCUGAGGAUAGAAUCCAUCUGUCGUUAUCUGCUGUCAAAAGAAAUAAAGGAGCUGGACAGACAGCUUCAAACUUUCACUUGCGAAUAUCAAAAGCAAACCAUGGAAAUGGAAAUGAAGAGGAGGAGGAAUUCUUUAUUUGACUUAAAACAAAUGUGCCUGACAGACUGACUUUAAAACUGAUAGAUAAAUGCUUUAUUCUGGAAACAGAGAGAAAGCAAUCUGCAUGCUUUUAACUCUGUGUUUAUACAAACACCAAGAUGCCUAGGCUACCUGUUCUGUUAUGAAAAAAGACUUCAGUGGGGUUUUAUUGCAAUAGAGUCACUUUAUGUACAAAAAUGCUAAUGGGACAGAGGGCAAAACCACAAAAAAUAAUCAUGUGCAGUUACACAGUGAAUUUUGAUUCUUUUAAAUACAGAACACCCAACAGCAUAAUUGUGCAAUGAAUGGGAAUAAGCCAUGUGAGUCCUAUUACUGUUUGUAAAUGUUAAUCAGUAGCCUGUGACACAUUCUGUCUUGUGUAGUUGCAUUAGAGGGCUUUGGCAGU